AUGGAAGUACCGACGACGAGUUCCCUCGCGGAUAUCUACCCAGGAGAUGCGUUGAAGAGCCAGACUACGAGGUGGAACCAGCUGUUGAGCACAUUCAAGGAGAGAUAUGGCAAGUCUCCAGAGUUCGUCUCGAGGAGUCCGGGCAGAGUCAACAUUAUUGGCGAGCACAUUGACUACUCCCUCUACGAGGUCAUUCCAAUGGCUGUCACAGCCGACGUCCUCCUCGCCGUUGCAGUCCACAAGAAGGAAUCAGGACCAAGUACCAUUCGUCUUACGAACGUACACCCAACGAAGUUCGAAUCGCGAGAGUUCCAGAUCCCGGAUACUGGAGAUGUCCACAUCGAUUCCUCGACGCUAGAGUGGACGAACUACUUCAAGUCAGGUCUGGUCGGUGCCACAGAGUUACUCCGCAAGAAGGCCAAAGACUUCAAGAGCAGCAUCGGCAUGGACAUCCUCGCCGACGGAACUGUACCCUCGGGAGGCGGUCUUUCGAGCAGUGCAGCCUUCGUCUGUGCCAGUGCGUUGGCGGCGAUGAAGGCGAAUGGCAUCAAGGAGGUCGACAAGAAAGAGCUCGUUGAAUUAGCCAUUGUCUCUGAGCGUGCCGUUGGCGUUUUCUCUGGUGGCAUGGACCAAUCUGCAUCCGUCUUCCCGCUACAAGGCUCAGCACUCUACGUCUCGUUCGUUCCGGAACUCUCAGCAAAAAACAUCGCCUUCCCGGAGCUCAAAUCACCACUCACCUUCGUCAUUGCACAAUCAUUCGUCGCGGCAGACAAGCACGUUACUGCGCCUGUAUGCUACAACCUACGCGUCGUCGAAGUCACUCUGGCAGCACUGGUUAUGGCGAAGAUCCUUGGACUGAGCGGGUUGCCAGAGGACGCAGGCCCAUUGAACCACAGCCUGAGAGGCUUCCACGACACCUACUUCCAGGAGAAGGAGGGCAUCAAGGACAACCACGCGGUGUCGAAGGCUGAAUUUCAAGAGCAGCUCCAAAGCCUCGUCAAGAAGGUUGACGAUUACUUGCCUCAAGAGGAGGGCUACACACGAGAGCAAAUUGCGGAAAUCCUUGGACUGAGCGUCGCGGAGUUGGAAAAGAAGCACAUGAGCAAGUUCCCUAUCCGAGCGGAACGGUUUAAGCUUCGACAAAGAGCGAUGCAUGUCUUUGGUGAAGCCAUUCGAGUACUCAAGUUCAUGGACCUCCUCUACUCGCUGCCUCCUAAGACCGACAAGGAGAAUACCGAACUGCUGAAGUCGCUCGGUGAGCUGCUGAACGACACACAGGAGUCAUGCAGAGACAUCUACGAGAACAGCUGCCCGGAGCUGGACGAGCUUUGCGACCUUGCGCGCUCAGCUGGUUCUUAUGGAAGCAGGCUGACGGGUGCAGGCUGGGGAGGUUGCUCAGUGCACCUUGUGCCCGAGGAUAAGGUGGAGAGCGUGAAGCAGAAGUGGAUCCAUGAGUACUACAAGAAGAAGUUCCCGGACAUCACCGACGAGAAGUUGGCGGAGGCUAUUGUUGUGUCAAAGCCAGGCAGUGGAAGCUCCGUCUUUCAGGUCAACGGACGAGAGUCGAUAUGA